ACAGCCAAACAGUGCACUAAAAUAUGUUAUUCAGGACAUUUUAGGAAAAAAAAUAGUCAAUACAUUGACAGAAUCUUGGUUUAUAUUUGAUCAGCACUGCCCAGUUUUACAGUUUGAUCUGAGUUUGAGAGAGGGAGAGGCAGGUCGCUCGCUCUUGAUCAGCUUCUAUACUCUUGUCUGUGGUGGAGAUCAUACAAAAAUACAAAAGUACAAUCUGUAGUUUAAGCAACAGCCCUCAAGCCAAGUGUAUUGUACAUACUGUAUGUUGUGUUAUUUUACAUCGAUGCCUAGAGUCAACAAUGAGCAGGGAGAUCUGUGCACUGGUAAGAUGGAGGGAAGUUUACCACAUUUCAUUUACACAUACGACCAGCACUGUUAUGAUACAAAGCUGGUUGAAAAUCAGCAAAGUGUCGCCUUAGGUAUUUUUGAUGCAUUCAAGUAGCCUACUUACACAUGUUUACUUGGGCCUGAUUGACAAUUUAAUUUAAUUUAAUGUGUUAAUUUGCAGGAGUUUUGUUUAUAAUGGAGUAUUUUUACAGUGUGGUUUUCUACUCUUACUGCAGUAAAGAACUUGAAUACUUCCUCAACCACUGUGGUGUACUUCUUCGAUUACAUUCAUCCAAUUUUUAUACCAGUUUAGUAUCAAGGGAGGACUAGAGCAAACAGGGCUUGGUUGUAAUCUUUGACAGUCAGAGUUAGAUGACAUAAAACAAGUUGGGCACCAACCACUUGUUCACAGAUCUUUGAAUCAGACUAAACAGAUGUGAAUUAGCUUGAAAUACAGUUAGAUCUGUAAAGCUUUCACUUCCACACUACCACAGGGGACUUGACAACAGUUUGGGAGGACUUCACACAUGGUCCUUUUCAGCCCCCUUCUGACUCAGCAUUUUUUGGGCACAUGUGAACACUCCAAAAGAACUCAGACCCCUCUUGCUUCAAGUCUGCAGUGCAGUUCACCUAACCUGUGCCUUGUGAACUCAAAGCUCUCCAGGUUCGCUUUGCCAUUGUAUUUAUCCCUCUAGAUCACAUGCUGUUGCACUGGGACGCUUGAAAAAACAGAUGAAACCACGUCGGCCUGUAACGCUUGUAAGGUCACAGGAAGAGAAGUAGUUUGGUCCAUGGAAGAUGCUGCACGUCUCCAGAUGUGGACUGUAGAAUACAUCAAACAGCAGCAGUCUACAGCACAGAAACGCUAAGGUUUUCCUCCAGUUUAAGGUUCAUCUGACAGUGUGGGGCUUCAUAACCGCACUGCAGUGUAAUGUCAAGGUGAAAACAAACCUAUACAGGCUAUAGUGUGAACAGAGAGAGGACUGAGGCCCCAUCAGAGCUGGCGUUGACCUUUCAAAUGAACUGACAGUGUGAACACAAAAGGAAACCGAGUCCCUUUUAUGUUGGUCCACUUUUGGUUCCACUUUAAGAGGACUGAGUCCGGUUUGUUUCAAAACGAUGUGAACCCCCCCAUGCCAAUCCUCCCAGCCCCGCUGACCCUCCUCUCCGCCUGUUCCUCCUCUGACCGGUAGAGGUCGCAGCCUAGCAGCCGCUGUGGCCGGGUAACUCAUGGAUGUAUCCAAGCGCUCCCACAUGACAAAGCUACAGCGCGUCUGGAAACCAGGAGCGGAGCACGGACGUUUUUUUGGUGUCGGGAGCGAGAAACCGUCGACAAGAUCCAUUCUGCAUCUUUUACCUGCAGCUCGGCUCGGCUCGGCUCGGCUCGCUUACUAACAACUUAAGUGACCGGUUUUUAAUUUCUUGUGAUCAGAGAGGCGGGCAGCUUCCCUCUGUUUCUCCAAGUGAACUUUAUAGGGAUGUUAUAUGAGAGCAUCACCGCGCUGAAUGCCCAGAUAGUGCUUGAGUAAAGUGUAGGACGGAUGUGGAGAGACUCCUCUUCUUCUUCCUCCAACACUACUUUUUGUUCGGUUUAAUACACAGGAGAAAAAAGAGAGGGAGUGUGUGCAGGAGAGCGACACAGACAGAGAGAGAGAGAGAGAGAGAGAGAGAGAGAGAGAGAGAAGUCGCACAGGUUUUUUGGAGCUACGCUUUCAUGCCGUCAGUCUUGCGGACUCUGAGAUGGACGUCAGAUUUUAUCCAGCUCCCCCUUCAAGCGUGGGUUCAUGUACGUUACCGACUGACUCCGGUUUGGACUAUUACCACUCCAACAAGAGCAGAUACGGUGCUGCAGAUCGAGGUGUGAGGCUCUACAGUUCCCUGCCCAUGCGCCCAAACCCUGACGGCAAGAGACUGCCCUCUACUGGGUUUGAUGGUGACAACAUGUACAUGAAUGAAAACAACCACGAGUUCCUCCCGCCCAACCAGAACUACACAGGUCAGACCGGCGGCGGCGGGGGAGGAGGCGGCGGUGGCGGAUCGGGCAGUGGAAACGGAGCCGGGGACGAGGACUACGAGAUCCCCCCCAUCACUCCACCUAACCACCCCGAGCCUCCUCUUCUUCACCUGAUGGAGCAUGACUCUACAGGCUACCUCUGCCACUCGCUGCCACACAAUGGGCUCAUCAACCCGUAUUCCUACCCAGAGCUGCCCACACUCAUGAUGUCUAACAUGCUGGCGCAGGACAGCCACCUCGUCUCCAGCCAAAUGCCCUCGAUGCAGGAGAUGGCUUUGCACCACCACCAACAGCAACACCAUCACCAGCACCCAGACGGCGCUCAUUAUAACCACCCCCUGAUAAACAGCUCACCUCCGAUUCUGCCCAACCCCAUGAGUGCACUGACCCAGCUAAACCCUCAGGUCAGCCGGAGUGCACUGCCUCAUGGCUCCCCCUCACCUCCCGGAAGUAAAUCGGCCACACCCUCCCCCUCCAGCUCCAAUCAGGAAGAGGAGACUGAUCCUCAUUCGAAGAUGGUCUUCCAGAUCACGGGCGAGAAGCGGCCGUCUUCGGAGAUGAUGAAGCCCAAGCCCAAGCCCCAAAAAAAGAAGAAGAAGAAGGAUCCCAAUGAGCCUACGAAGCCUGUGUCAGCCUACGCCUUGUUCUUCAGAGACACCCAGGCAGCCAUUAAAGGACAGAAUCCCAACGCCACCUUUGGAGACGUAUCCAAGAUAGUGGCCUCCAUGUGGGACGGACUGGGAGAGGAGCAGAAACAGAGCUACAAGAGGAAAACAGAGGCUGCUAAGAAGGAGUACCUGAAAGCCCUGGCCGCCUACAGAGCCAGUCUGGUUUCCAAGACAUAUAACGACCCUGUGGAGACAAAAAGUGCCCAAACAAGCCAGGCUUCUCCACAUAUGAUGCCAGCCAACCCGCCCCUGUACAGCGUGCCACCUCCCCCCCAGCCGUCGUCGCCCUACCUGGGGCCCGGGGCCUUCCCACUCACCGACCUGCAGAGCUACGCAGGACACGCCCCUCGCCACACCCUGUCGCAGACGCUCAGCCAAUCGCAGAUGCUGCCCAGCAUUAGUGCCUCUCCCCCUUCCUCCUUCCAGAUCAGCCCACCCCUUCACCCCCACCAGCAGCUCUCCCUGCACCAGAGCUCGCUCCUCAACCAGCCUAUCCGCAUGCAGCAGGUCCAGUCCCAGCCAAUCAUCUCUCACCAGAUGGGGCUGCAGGCCUCUCUUCACUCCCCACCUCCUGGGCAGCAGGGUUUUUCCCACCUCCAGUCAGAGUAUCAGAAGAGCAUUGGGGGUUCCCAGUCUCCAGGAGCCCCUGGCCCCGGUCCAGGCCCUGGAGUGGCUCAGAGCCACGACUGGGACAGUGAAUACUGCAAUCGGGAGUGUGGCAACCACUGCAGUGGCAGCAUGAUUGGCAGGGACAAGCCACUCUACCUCACCUGAACUGAAGAUCAUGCUCUGUCGACAAAUACGACACCGAGGAGUCUACUCUCACCCCCCCACCCCCACCCCCACCCCGACCACCACCCCCACAUCCCCUCAACCUUCUUCUGAUGCACACACACAGUUACACACAAUUCACACUUAACAUACAGUAACAUACAUGCAAACACACACACACACACACACACACACACACACACUCCGCCUCCCGAGUCACCACCGCCACCUUUUUUUGUCAAUGUAAUUAUUAUUUCUCUCAGUUUCUAGAAGAAUUUGUGACCAGAGUUUUUUGACUAGAUGACUGCUGUCUGUACCACUUAAUGUAUUAGCAGUCCUCUCGCUGUUUAAAAUUUGCCAAGCACUUAUUAAGGGCCCCCUCCUCUUCCUCCCCCUCCCCUCCCCUCCCCUCCCGUGCCCACCCUCCUCUCUGAGCAGUGCGUCUACGCCCUCACCGAUACAGGCCGGGCUGUAGAGCACUCCUCUUCUGUGUCACCAUCAAAGUCCCCUCAGGGACCCCAUCCAGCUUUAAUUAGAAUGAGAAGAAAAAAAAAUACUCUUCCUCUUCUUUAAUCAUUUUAAUUUCCUUUUGUGUUUUUUUUUCCUUUUCUUUUUUGUUGUUGUUGUCGUUGCUGUUUUAUUUAUUUCUGGCUUGCAAAAUUGUUCCUCUAUUUUUUUUUUUUUUUUCUUGCCAAUAAGCGUUGGGCCCUGUACUGUAGAAAAAUAUUAACUUCUAGUAGGUUCAGCGCAGGCUUUGAUGUUAUGGUAGCUUUGCUUAAGGGCCUGCAAAUUGAUACAAAAAGCUUGGGUGGGGGAAAGAAACAAAACAAAAAGGAAUCUUUUUUUAAUAUUAAAGACCUGUUGAGGUCUACUGAGCUGUCACAGUGUGAUUGUAAAUAUCACUUUUAUGGGAUCAAAUUGGGAAUUGGAAGUCCAGAUAGAUUUGUUUCUUCUUUAAUAUUACAUGUAAGUCAUUUUGUGUGCGUGCAUGUGUGUGUGUGUGUGUGUGUGUGUGUCUGGACGUUAGAAUGUACCCCAUUCAUGGCGUGUGAAGUCGAGUGUGUAUGUGUGUAUGUGCACGGACACACACUUGCGUGCGAGAGAGUCUCAGUGUUCGAGUGUCGAGUCUUUCUCGUGAAUUUUAACAGCCUUGUGCAGCUGGAUUUCAGAGGAGUAUUUCACACUCUCGUUCUUGCAUUAAAUCUGUGCUCACUGGUGUGUUUUUUUCCAAUAAAGUUCAAUCUAAAACUGAAUACACAAUAUGUGUCCUGCAGAUCAUUAAAUGGAAAGAGCCAGGUGAGAGAUAGAGAGGAAAGAGAUAGAAGGAGAGAAAGAAACGCUGUGAGAUAAAAUGAGAUAUAAUGUUGCAGGUGGAGAGGAAAAAAAAAAGAAAAGAUAUUGCCUCAAAAUGCACCCCCCCCCCCCUUCCUCCGCCCCCACCUCCCUUUUCUUAUUUCGUCUGACCAUAAUGUCAAUUUUGUCUCCUCGACAUGCAGAAGUGAAGUAAUGAAAUAUGUGAAUGGAGCCAUCACAUCCACAUUACGGUGAUUUUUAUAAGUUUCUACUUGGUGUUUGGUUGUGUUGAUCUCAUCUUUUUAACUUUUUGUGUGAUUAACAGAAAUGCAUUUUGCUGACAAAGACAUCUGUAUUUAUCUCUUUACUGUAGCAUAAUUUCAGUUUUAGUUGUUACAGAACUAUAACAUUUUAAGUUGUGUAAAAAAAGAAAAAAAAAAAACCCUGCCAACUGUAGUUAUUUUAUUUGUAAAGCCAGUAAUGAUAAAUAUUUUAAAUGGUUCUCAAUAUAUUGUUUUCCGCUCUAGUUGCCCAUCAGCCAUUUGACAGGUUUUCUUAUUUAUGAAAGAAACUAGAUCACUUUUUGCUUCUUACAAUGGAGGUGUAUUUUUAUUUUAUUGUUUCCUUUGGUUUGAUAAAAAUGAUGAUGACCACAACAAUGACUUUUGUUUGUUUUUUACAUUUUUUUGGGUGCUGCUCCUUUUUUUCCCCCUUGCCGGCAGCAUCUCUUUGUGUCACAAUGCUUCUUUUAUUUCAAACCUGCAUAAUAAAAAAAAGUUUAAA